UCACAUAAUUAUUUAAAAGAAAAACAAAACGUCAAUACAUCAAGAAACAGCCAUGGUAGGAGGGAUUCCUACAAAACUGAGAACUGAACUGUGGGUAUUUACUCAAGGGAAAUGAAAGCACAUGUCCAAAUGAAAACUUGUCCAUGGAUGUCCAUCACAGUUUUAUUUAUAAUAGCUGCAAAAUGGAAACAACACAGAUGUCCACUAACAGUUCCGCAAAGAGCAAAUGCAGCAGAGUGAAAAAGUAGCACUUGUGUCUCAAAGCAAAGAGGAACUUGCACAAGCAAAACAAAGCCAAAGAAAAGAAAUCGAAGAUCACAUUCUUCAUCUCAAGCGCUAUGUCUCGCCCUGCACACAGAAGACCAGAAUAUCAUAAAAUAAACAAAGACCUCUUUGUCCUCACCUAUGGAGCGCUUGUUGCCCAACUGUGUAAGGAUUAUGAAAGAGAUGAAGAUGUGAAUCAAUAUUUAGAUAAAAUGGGAUAUGGUAUUGGAACACGGCUGGUGGAAGACUUUUUGGCUCGCUCUUGUGUGAGAAGAUGCCAUAGUUACUCAGAAAUUACAGACAUAAUUGCUCAGGUUGCUUUCAAGAUGUAUUUGGGAAUUACACCCAGUGUGACCUGUAACAAUUCAAGCAGAAAUGAAUUUUCCCUGAUUCUAGACAAGAACCCUCUGGUGGAGUUCGUGGAAAAGCUCCCUCCUGGGCGAUCUUCUCUGUGCUACUGCAAUUUACUCUGUGGGAUUAUCAGAGGUGCCCUGGAAAUGGUUCAUUUGGCUGCUGAUGUUACAUUCUUGCAAGACAGACUAAAAGGCGACAGUGUGACAGAAAUAGGAAUAACAUUUCUGAAAAAGCUAGAUGAGAAAAAAUACAGACGGAAAAAAUGAAGAAUAACAUACAAAAUGCCACAGGCUGGCUAAUCGAGCUAAACAUACAUAGCCAUUGAAAUUUUGAAUGCUUAACAGCAUGGGCUUAAAAGGCUUAUAAAAUCUACCAGAAAUUUAAAGUGCAGGGCACUAGGAUAUAAAGCUGUUUUUUUUCCUUUUGCUUAAAAAUCACACAUUUUCAAUCUCGUGUCAAGAUUUCAAUUACAAAUAACUCCUUAUAAGAUAGUAAGCAUGAAUUGCACAUACUACAUAGUCCAGCCUAAGAGGUGUAUUCAUUUCAUUUAUUUAUCAUAGCAGAAAAAAAAACAAUGUCACCUAUAUAGGUGAUGUAUUUACCUCUUCUCAAUGGGAAAGUGGAUGAAAUGAUAAAACAUAGAGUUCACUAUAUGUAGUUUCUAGAUGCUGUACCUUGCACUCUCUAUAGAAACAGCUCUAUUUGUGGCAAUUUUCCAUAUAUUUGAAAAACUACGGAUGUGAUUUUUCUCAUAUAUUGGCUUGGCAAACUACUUCAGCCUUCUGAAGCUCUUCUUGAUUUGUAAUCAGCAAGGCAAGAUACUUAUUUGGAUGCCAGUUCUGAAACAUUUAAAAAUAGCAUUUAAUUUUAAUUCAUUUAAUUUAUUUAACUUUUAGAUAGCUGGCAUUCACCAAUUUUUUUUUCCUUUUCUCAUGAAAUAUUGCUGACAGUGAGGUCAGAAAACCUCUAAAAUGAGAGGUAAAUAAUGUUCUUUGAGAAUACUUUCUUACCUCAAAGCUUAUUCAGUUAGAAUUUUUAUCCUUUAAAAAUGUUACAAAGCAUAUUUUGUCCAUGACCAGAACAUAUUUAAAAGUCAGAAUGUACUGGAUGAAAUAAACAAUACUCUUCACCAGACCAUCAGCAUACAAAGGCAACUGAUAUGGCAGUCUAUGGCAGUCCAGAAUCUACUGGAUUCUGCAGAGAACUCAAAUGAAAAGUUACAGUUAGUGUGGCACCAUCAGUUAAAAUGGGUGUAAGUGACACGGUAGUGAUAGGCCUCAACUAGGACUCAGCAGACUCAAGAUGCAGGCCUAGUUCUUUUUAUAGUGGCUUCAGCUGACGCUGACUAGUGACUGAUCCUGGGUAAGACAGAAUAUCUAUCUAAGGUG